AUGGUUUUUUACGUCUCAGUAAAAGGUUGCGGUAGCGGUCGCGGUAACGUGUCCUCUCCCUCCCCCGUGUUUCUAUUGGCUCUCCCUGUUUCCAGUGUGGAUUUCGACGUGGAGCUGACUGCCGAAGUUAGACUGGAGGGUGGACCUGCCUUCACCGUCCUGUCCUCCGUCGCACCUGGUGUGCCAGCCAGGAAGUCAGGUGCCUUCACCCAUCGGCUGCCCUCGCUGCUGAACCAUCCCUCCCUCUCGUGGAGACCCAGACUGAAGGGACACCUGGUGGACACCUGCCGCCCUCCCUGCCAGUCUCCCUGCCGGCCUCCUGCCUCCCUCCCUUUCCAGCCCCGCGACGCUUCCACGACCCUGCUUUUAAAAAGGAGCGCAGCCCCCACCUCCGCGGCCGGUGUGGUGGACGCGCCCAACAGGACGCCCCUGCCCUCGUCCCCGUCGACCCCGCCCUCGUCCCCGGGGUCCUCCCCCUCGUCCUCUUCCCCCGGUUGCCGCGACGACCGGGUCGGGGGCGGAGCCGUCGCCAACGGCGCCGGGGACCCCGUGUCCUCCACCUCGACCGCCCUGCGCCCCCCGUCCCUCCCGCUCUCUCCCUCCGCCGACCCCCCUGUCCGCGCCUCCUCCGCCUCCGAGGGCGAGCGGGAGAGCGGGGGCGCGUACGACCCUUUCCACCUGCCGGCAGAGGAAGAGGAGGAGGAGGAGGAGGAGCGGGAUGGUGACGCGGGGGAAGAGGGGGAGAAGUACGACCCUUUCGACCCCACGGGCUCCCCGGACUCGGGGGCGAUGAGGGAGCGAGGGAUGGAGAGCGAGGGAGGGAGCAGCCCGGAGGACGAGAGCCGGGAGCCGCAGCCCACCCCCGGGGGGGCCGAGACCGGGGAAGAGGACGGGCGGGACUUAGAGGGGAAAGACACGCCUCCUCCAGACUCCGCCCGCCCACCCGCCUCCGCCCGCGCCCCCUCCCCGCCUCCAAGGCGCAAGGAGACGAGGGAGAGGGCGAGGGAGGCGAAGAGGAAGGGCGGGAAGCGAGGGGCGGCGGGGGGGGGGAGGCGGCGCCGGAAGGAGGCCAAGGACUCGGGCGACUCGGAAAUCGAGGAGGGCGAAAUCGUGGGGGCGGGCGAGAAGGAGAGGCAGCGAGAGAGAGAGAGGGAGAAGAGGAGGAAGAGGGGAGGGACGGGCGGGGACGAGCCCUUCCUCCUGCCCGGCCCAAAAGUGGAGAGGAUCCUGCGGGUCCUGGACGGGGACGAGUUUGUGUCGGUGCGGGCGGAGGGCGACUGGCAGGCGGGUGCGGGUGCGGGUGGGGGUGCGGGCAGAGGGUCCGCCACGUCCGGCCCGGGCGAUCUGAGGGCCAAGCUGCUCAGCAGGCGGAGGGAACGAUACAGGUCCUGCCCUUCCUCUUCCCUCUCCCCUCCUCCUCUUCCUCUGCCGCUCCCUCCCGCCCCCUCGCGCCUCCCUCGCCUCCCCGCCCCUUCGGAGGAGCGCGGCGGCAGGAGGUCGUCCGGGAGCUCCAAGGAGAGGGAGAGGCGCAAGCGAAAGGAGGAGCGAGGAGAGGAGAAGGCGGAGAGGAGGCGAGGGAAGGAGGGCGGCAGCCAGGAGAGGAAAAGAAGGGAUAAAGGGAAGGAUGGGCCGGGAAGACAGAAGGAGGGGGUGGAGAAAGAGGACAGGAGGAGGAGGAAGAGGAGCAGCAGCCAGAAGAGGAGGCGGAGUCCCUCGCCCUCGCACUCUCAGUCGUGCGCCUCCUCCCUCCAGGAGCGGCACGGACAGCCGUCCUGGUCCGACCCCUCCGAGGACCAGGACCGGGAGAGAGACCAGGACCGCGACCGGGAGAGGGAGAGGGACCGGGAGAGGGGGAGAGGCGACAGGGAAAGAGAAGGAGGUGGGGAUGGCAGGAAGAGCAGGAGAAAGAGAGAGCGGGAGAGGAGGGGGCUGAACGGGGAGUCGCACAGCGGGGAGAGGGGGAGCGGCGGCGCGAGGAGGGAGGGGAGGAGCAACCCGAGCAGCCGGGAGCGGGACCGGGACCGGGACCGGGACCGAGAGAGGGACAGGCGGAGGAGGGACGGGCGCCCCGUGGUGCCCCCCUCCAUCCAGGACCUCAACGGCUCGGACCUGUACGCCAUCAAGCGCACCAUAACGGUCACCACGACCACCACCACCACCGUCCCGGGGUCCCCCCCCCCGCCGCCGAGCCCCGCCCGCCGCAGUCCCCAGAGAAGCCGCGACAAGCCCCGCAAGAAGAAGCGGAAGAGGAGGCAGUGCACGGAGGAGCAGGGGCAGGAGGAGGAGGAGGACCAGGAGGAGGGCGAUCGAGCGAGCCUGUCCCUGACGCCGCCCAGGCCGCGGUCCUACGACUCGGACCGCUUCUCCGAGAAGCCGGCGGCCGAAGCGCUGUCCCUGGACGGCGAGGCCCUGGAUUCUGACUACCCCUCCCUGGAGGACUCCCCCCCGCCCCGCCCCUUGCCUCGGACCCCGCCCCCUCCUCCCAGCCCCGAGCCCGAGCCCGAGCCCAAGAGCGGGAGGCGCGCCAAGAAGAAGAAGUCCCGGCCGAGCGGGAAAAAGGUCGGCCCGUCGGAGCCCCCCUUCGGAGCCGAGCCCGGCAAGGACCUUUCCUCCCUCUCCCCUCCGCCCUCCCCCUCCGCCCUCCCCCCCGCGCCCGCCCAGCCCGCUCCCUCGCCUGCCAAGAAGCGGCGGAAAGCGGGGAAGGAGAGGGAGAAAGGCGGGAAGAAGGAAGGAGGCCGGUCGGCCAAGUACGGCAAGGUCGCCGGCGGCGUCGGCGGCGGCGGCAGGAAGAGGAAGCUGCAGUCCAAGGUGUCGGUCCUGGUGCGGGAGGGCGUGAGCAGCACCACGGGGGUGCUCGGGGGGGUGGGGAAGCUGGGCGCGCUCGGUGGGAUCCAGGCUGGGGGCGGCGGCGGAAGCGGCGGGGGGGUUGUUGGGGGCUCCAUCGCGGUCGUUUUCCGCAGAGACAACGAGAGCCGGUCGCCCUUCCUCAAACCCUGCGCCGAGCCCGUGGCCGUUUCGGGGAGGGGCAGCGACGCGGGCAAAAUGCAUAGGCGAGGCACCCUGGCCCCCCCUUCUUCCUCUUCUUCCUCCUCUUCGUCCCAGCUGUCUGUCCUCAAGUCCAAGAAGGCUAGGCCUAGCUCCACCACCUCGGCCUCCUCCUCCUCCGCCUCGUCGCCCUCCUCUUCCUCCGCGGCGAAGCAGAGGCGGAAGAAGGGAAGGGAGGGCAGGGAGAAGAGACGGGGCGGGGCUGGACAGGAGGGGGAGGAGCUAAGUCGCGGCGGGGGCUGGGGCGUCUCCGGGCUGGAGGUCCAGGCGGGGACGGCGGUCGGCUCCAGGUCCUGCAGCCCGCCCUCCUGCCUCCCCACCUCCACGCCCUCGUCCUCGUCGGCGAGCAAUGCCGCGCCCUCGUCCCCGCCCCUCACGCCCCCCCUUCUCUCUCUGCCCCCCGCCCUGGACACGCGGCAGUCCACGCCCGACUCCCAGACCGUCGACAGCAGCUGCAGGACGCCCGAGGCCCCCUUCCUCCCGGACGACCGCGCGUCCCAAGCGCCGGGCGCCCCCCUCGCGCCCCCCUCCGGCGCCCCCGCCAGCCCCCCGCCUUCGCAGGCCCCGCCGGGUGGACCCUGCCCGUCGGCCCCCGAUCUGAAAACCCCCCCCGAGGAGCAGGAGGCCCCCUCUUCCCCGCCCUCCUCCUCUUCCUCGCCCUCCUGCUCCAUGCCCACCUCCCUCUCACAGUCCCUGCCUCCCUCCGCCCCUGACCCUUCCUCUUCCUCCGUCUCGUCGUCCACCGGCAAGCCGCCGCCCCCGCCCCCGCCGGCGGCCCCGCCCCUCCCCUGGAGCCUGCAGACGGGGGUGGACUGCACGGCUGGGGGCGUGCUGGCCUUGACGGCGCUCCUGUUUAAGAUGGAGGAGGCCAACGUCGCAGGCCGAGCCAAAGCCCACGAGUUCAUCCAAGCCACCAGUCAGAUGCUCUCACAGGCGAAUCAGAGCCAGUCUCAGCAGCACCCGCCCGCGUCCUCUUCCUCGUCCGCCUCGUCCUCGCAAGUGCCGCCCCUUCCGUCUCUGGCCCCUCCCCCUGCCCAGUUCGUCCUCCACGGCUCGCUCCCAUUGGUCGGCGGCGCCGCCAAGGCCGGCCUAUCGGCGGGCGGCGGUUGGGCACUGACCCCGCCCGGCCCCGUGCCGACGGGGUCGUCAGGAGGACCCGGAGGAUCGAGCGAAACCGGUUGGGACGGUGAAAGCAAAGACCCUGAGAAGUACCUGAAGAAGCUGCACACUCAGGAGAGAGCGGUGGAGGAGGUGAAGCUGGCCAUCAAGCCUUACUAUCAGCGCAAAGACAUCAACAAGGACGAGUACAAGGACAUCCUGAGGAAGGCCGUGCACAAGAUCUGCCACAGUCGCACUGGUGAGAUCAACCCCGUCAAGGUGAGCAACCUGGUGAAGCUGUACGUCCAGAGAUACAAGUACUUCCGCAAGCACGGCCGGAGGAUGGACGAGGAGGAGAGGGAGGGGGAACAGAUUGAGCUGCAUCCUUUUUCCUCCUGACCCGCCCACCUCACUCUUUCCCUGCUGCUGAUUGGUCCGGCCGUCCCAGAACCUUUUCCCGAUGCGCAAAGUGGGCCGGAAUCUUCCGAGGCCGUUCCUCGAUGUUAAUUGGCCACAGUUGGGUUUUAACUUGUAUUGCUGUACAAUUUGUAUUGAUAGAAAAAAAAAUGAAUCACUGACACACAUGCACAGUGCGAUAUACUUUACUGUGUACAGAGCAAGAAAGGAUGACGUAAGACACUAAAUCAGUGCAAAGAUGCAUAAAGACACUAAUAAAGCAACAGAACGUUCUCUCCCUCCCUCCCUUCCUUCCUUCCUCUGUCUCUUUCUCUGGAUGAUGUGUGGGUUUUGUCAUCCGUUGGGUGUGUUGGCUCCUAUAAAUUUGCUGUUUGGCACACUG